UGGUAAUUUCAGUUUUAAUUCUUAAUAGGAUAAAGGAAAAAUGCACAUUAUAAAUCAAUGCUCUGUGUUGACAAAUAAUCAAGCAAGCAGAGUUGUAAGUAUUGGCUAAAAUGAAUUUUGGAUAUUUUUAGCUACCAAAUUUCUAGAGGCAAGGUAGACAUACAACUGGACCUGAAUAUCUGCAUUAUUGGGGAAUUUUUGUUUGUUUGUUUUAUAUUGUUUUGUUAUUUUUAAAAGUAGGUGUCAAAUUAUGUCACCUGCUGUCUGGGCAAUGUUAUUUUUUGACAUAACCACAAAUUGAAGAAAAUGGACCGCUCUUUUUCCUUACUCAACAUGCUCUGCUUCCAGCCCCAAACAUCUUUGAGAAGUUAUUUAGAUUCAUGAGCAAUGCCUCUGUCCCCAACAGGCUAAGACAUUAGGCAGGUCCCUGCACCUCUGGAGUCCUCAGUUCCCCGCAAAAUGAGGAAGCUAGACUAAGUAAUCUUAGGCUCCCUUCCGGACCCACCAAUCUGAAGGUAUCAGAAGCAAUUGCUCCUGAAUUGGGGCAUGAAAUGAGUUCAGCUCUGGUGCACCAAUGUGAUGACUCUGCGUCAUCAAAGCCUGAGCACGCCAUAGGCCUAGCACCAUUUCACACAGCACAAAGGGCAACCCUCUACUUCCAAAGGAAUAACACCUGUUUCUGAAGUGAUUCACAUCAUCUUUACUUUUGAACAACCCAAUGCUCAGGAAACAAUCUAAGAAUCUUCACUGACGUUAGGGAUGUAAUAUGCGGUUCCUUGACAGUAUUUGGGAUUUUGGAGAAAAGCAAUCGAGGAAAGGGCAUCUCCACAACGCAAUAGUGAAUUUAGUGCCCAAGGUCCAUCACAGGAAUGCCUAACGAUCCCUACAAUCUCUCUCUUUCUCUUUUUCUUUUUUUUUUUUUUUCUCUCUUUGCUCUGAAAAUAAACUGAGAAGUUAGUUUGAAAAUAAACUGAGAAGUUGGGAUACCUAUUCCCCUUGACCCAGAUAAAAAGUCCUGGGCAAACACAGGUACAAAUUGCCAAAAUGGAAAAAGUUCUGCUCUAUCUUCAGCUAGAGAGAGGCUGGAUCCCAGCUCUUUAGAAGCGGCCCGUGGACGCCCAGAGUAUCCUCCGGGGACCAGGUCAGGGUCCCCGAGCUUGCCCCGCAGGGCGCCGCCCCGGACGCGGCCCCGCCCUUCACCUUGCCAGCGCCGAGCUCGGGCCGCGAAGGUGCGUGCGGCGCUCGGUGAUUGGCGGCGGCCCGGGGCUGCCCGGCUGCCAUUGGCUGCCGGGCCCUCUUUGUUCCCGGGUCCCUGCCGCAGGCCGGCUGCGGCGGACUGGGCGGCGGAAGUUCGACGGCGCCGGUCGAGUGGCUGCUGGGCGGCGGCGUGGGAGUUCCGCAGGUUUCCCGUGUCCGCAGCGGAACCGGAGGCCAGCUGAGCCCGGCUGUGGGAUCCCGGACUGGAGGAGGAGGGGACCCAUAGGACGCAUAAACAUGGACCUGGAAAACAAAGUGAAGAAGAUGGGCUUAGGUCACGAGCAAGGAUUUGGAGCCCCUUGUUUAAAAUGCAAAGAAAAAUGUGAAGGAUUCGAACUGCACUUCUGGAGAAAAAUAUGUCGUAACUGCAAGUGUGGCCAAGAAGAACAUGAUGUCCUCUUGAGCAAUGAAGAGGAUCGAAAAGUGGGAAAACUUUUUGAAGACACCAAGUAUACCACCCUGAUUGCAAAACUAAAGUCAGAUGGAAUUCCCAUGUAUAAACGCAAUGUUAUGAUAUUGACCAAUCCAGUUGCUGCCAAGAAGAAUGUCUCCAUCAAUACAGUUACCUAUGAGUGGGCACCUCCUGUCCAGAAUCAGGCAUUGGCCAGGCAGUACAUGCAGAUGCUACCCAAGGAAAAGCAGCCAGUAGCAGGCUCAGAGGGGGCACAGUACCGGAAGAAGCAGCUGGCAAAGCAGCUCCCUGCACAUGACCAGGACCCUUCAAAGUGCCAUGAGUUGUCUCCCAGAGAGGUGAAGGAAAUGGAGCAGUUUGUAAAGAAAUAUAAGAGCGAAGCUCUGGGAGUAGGAGAUGUCAAACUUCCCUGUGAGAUGGAUGCCCAAGGCCCGAAACAAAUGAACAUUCCUGGAGGGGACAGAAGCACCCCAGCAGCAGUGGGGGCCAUGGAGGACAAGUCUGCUGAGCACAAAAGAACUCAGUAUUCCUGCUAUUGCUGCAAACUGAGUAUGAAAGAAGGCGACCCCGCCAUUUAUGCCGAAAGGGCUGGCUAUGAUAAACUGUGGCACCCAGCUUGUUUUGUCUGCAGCACCUGCCAUGAACUCCUGGUUGACAUGAUUUAUUUUUGGAAGAAUGAGAAGCUAUAUUGUGGCAGACAUUACUGUGACAGCGAGAAACCCCGAUGUGCUGGCUGUGACGAGCUGAUAUUCAGCAAUGAGUAUACCCAGGCAGAAAACCAGAAUUGGCACCUGAAACACUUCUGCUGCUUUGACUGUGAUAGCAUUCUAGCUGGGGAAAUAUACGUGAUGGUCAAUGACAAGCCCGUGUGCAAGCCCUGCUAUGUGAAGAAUCACGCUGUGGUGAGAAGUGUUCUAAGGAGAUGGUUUUGCCUCAGCCUGCUUUAGGACUUGAGUUUUUACUUUUCUUAAAGCCUCUUACAAAUGGGAAACAGAAAGCACUCCUCCUAAGUAGAAAGCAAAUUAUCUACCACAGGGUGUUAAAAUCAAGGCAGUUCAAAAACAGUACAGGCAUUGACUAUGAGCCACCUCAAGAUUUCUACUUGUGAAGUUUAUAGUAUCAAUUAUAGGUACUGCUUAGUAAUAAAAUCCUCACUUAAAAAA